ACUCCUUCCAGCUCUUCCUCUCAGACUUUUCAAGAUUUUGACCCAAAACACGCGCAAAGCAUCUGACCCAAACUUUUUCCUGGGCGGAAAUGGUUUGUGCACAUGAUCUGAACGCUGCAGAUGACUUUCACUAGCGCGAUCAUGUGGCUUCCGUCCAGAUUCUCUUUCAAGUUUUCAGUUUCUGCCUUGAGACGUGGCGUCCCGCCGUCUUAUCCCCAUGUUGUGCGUCGAGGCGGCUGCAACACCGCGGCGUUCAUGCCGGAGGCUGCGGGCUUCGAGGGAGUGUCAGGCCGCGCUGCGUUGCAGGAGUUCUCGGUCUCCAACAGCGAGGACUUCUGGGCAGCUGUGGCCCGCCACAGGCUGAGCUGGAUGCAGCCUUUCCACACGGUGCAGGACUGUGACCUGAGCCGAGGCAGGAUCAAGUGGUUCCAGGGAGGAAUGUUGAACGUGUCGGUGAACUGUUUGGACCGCCAGGUGCACAUCCGUCCAGAGAGGGUGGCGUUGAUCUGGGAGAGGGAUGAGAGGGGGUCAGAGGUCAGGUACACCUACAGAGAACUCCUGGAGAUGACCUGUCGCGUGGGCAACCUGCUGAAGCGUCAUGGAGUCCGGAAGGGGGACUGCGUCACCAUCUACAUGCCAACCUGUCCUUUGGCUGUGGCGUCCAUGUUGGCCUGCGCCCGCAUUGGUGCAGCGCACAACGUGGUGUUCGCAGGCUUCAGUGCAGACGCCCUUGCAGAGCGGAUCAGAGAUGCCCAGUCCAGUAUUGUCAUCACUAUGAACCAGGGGGUCAGGGGGGGCAAAGUCACAGAGCUGAAGAAGACUGUGGAUACGGCGGUGCAAAGCUGUCCGACAGUGCGGCACGUGUUUGUUGCCAUGAGAACAGAAACGUUGGUGCCCAUGACAGACAGAGACGUCCUCAUGGAUGAGGAGAUGCUGAAGGAGGACGUGGUGUGUGAACCAGCAGCCAUGAACAGCGAGGAUGUCUUGUUCUUGCUGUACACGUCAGGCAGCACGGGGAAGCCCAAAGGCCUCGUUCACACUCAGGCUGGAUACCUGCUGUACGCCGCUCUCACCCAGCGGUAUGUCUUCAGCUAUCAUGAUGGGGAUGUGUUCGGCUGUGUGGCAGACAUCGGCUGGAUAACAGGACACAGUUACAUUGUCUAUGGACCUCUGGCCAAUGGGGCAACUACAGUCCUGUUUGAGAGCACCCCUGUUUACCCUGACCCAGGAAGAUACUGGGAAACGGUGGAGAGGCUGAAGAUCAACCAGUUCUACGGGGCCCCCACUGCCAUCCGCCUCCUUCUCAAAUAUGGAGACCAGUGGGUGAACAAAUAUGACCGCUCCUCCCUCAAGACUCUGGGAUCUGUUGGGGAGCCCAUCAACACCGAAGCGUGGGAGUGGUACCAUCGGGUCGUUGGGGAGGGACGAUGUCCUGUGGUGGACACCUGGUGGCAAACUGAAACAGGUGGCAUCUGUAUUGCCCCAAAGCCAUCAGAACCAGAUGAAGAGAUUGUUCCAGGAAUGGCCAUGAGACCUUUCUUUGGGAUAAAGCCAGUUCUCAUGGACACUGAGGGGAAGGUGCUGACCGCCAACAACACAUCUGGAGCUCUGUGUAUAGCGCAGCCUUGGCCUGGAAUGGCUAGAACUAUUCACAAUAACCACGAGAGAUUCAUUGAAACUUACUGUCAGCCUUAUCCUGGUUACUUUUUCACGGGUGAUGGUGCGUACCGUUCUCCAAAGGGAUACUACCAGAUCACAGGGCGUCUAGAUGAUGUCAUCAAUGUGAGCGGUCACAGAAUUGGGACAGCUGAGAUUGAAGACGUGGUUAAUCAGUGUUCUGCUGUGGCAGAAUCUGCGGUCAUCGGAUACUCGCAUGACAUCAAAGGACAAGGAAUUUAUGCUUUUGUGGUGUUAAAGAAAAAUAUGAAGAUUAAAGAGGAGGAUUUGUACAAGCAGCUGAACAGCGUGGUGUCUGAAAAAAUUGCCAAGUACGCUUGUCCGGACUUCAUUUUGCUCGUCAAGCGUCUCCCUAAAACCCGCUCGGGAAAGAUUAUGCGCCGGGUGCUGCGCAAAGUUGUGGAGAGCGACCUGGACAGUUUGGGAGACCUGAGCACCCUGGAUGAUCCUGCAGCGGUUCAGGAGAUCAUCGAAGGCCACUCCAAGAUCUCCAUGAAGUGAUGGUCACAGGAACAAGUUCUACUGAAGGAUGUGAAAGUUACUCCCUUCUACACCGCUUGUGCCUUUGUUUUUUUUUAUAGAAAAAAAAAAAGGUUUUUAACUGUGAAAUAUUUUAGUAUUAAUUACAUAUAUUAAAACUUUAUGUAAGUAAUUGUUUAAAAACACAAAUCAACACUUUUUUUGUAGAAAUAAAUCAAAAAAUGUUCACAUG